GGUUAUGUUAAUUGGGGGUUUUUUUUUUUUUUUUUUCCUGAGAAUAGUUGUGUUAAUGGUUAGUUAAUAGUCAAUGCAUUUACUUUAUUUAUUUAAUUUAAGUUUGCAGAGUUAUUAUUUUCUUUUAUUCUAAUUCUAUUCAAGUUCAAAGAGGAAUCCCCUACUUCUUCCUCUCAUCUUCCUGGAAACCCCAAGCAUAAUUUAAAUUUAGGAAACCAUGAAAUUAGGUUCAUAUACAAGUUCAAUUGCAGCCGCCACCACCACUUGUUUAAGCGUUCCUCUCAAAAAUCUCCAUUCUUUCUCUUCUCUUUCCUUUUUGAAUUGGAAUAAGAGAAAAGUCGGUGGCGACAUGUCUCCAUUUAGUAUUCGUUCUGCUUCUCUCUCUGCUUCCACCGCCGAAAACUCCUCCGCCACCGCUACCACCUCCUCCACGUUGUCUGUGAAAAAGCCUUGGCUGAUUGUGGGGCUUGGUAAUCCUGGCAAAAAAUAUCAAUCCACUCGCCAUAAUGUGGGUUUUGAGAUGGUAGACGCUGUAGCUGAUUCUGAAGGAAUACCAUUGAGUAGCGUUUCAUUUAAAGCUCUUCUUGGAAAAGGUUAUAUUGGAAAUGUUCCAGUAAUGCUUGCCAAACCACAAACUUUCAUGAAUGCAAGUGGUGAGUCUGUUGGGGCUAUUGUCUCGUAUUACAAGAUUCCACUGAAGCAAGUACUCUUGAUUUAUGAUGACCUAGAUUUGCCUUUUGCCAAGUUGCGACUAUUGCCAAAAGGUGGACAUGGGGGACACAAUGGGAUGAGGAGUGUUAUUGAUCAUUUCAAAGGAAGUCGUGAUUUUCCUCGUUUAAGAAUUGGUAUUGGGCGGCCACCUGGGAAAAUGGAUUCAGCAAACUUUGUUCUUCGCCCCUUCAGCAGACAAGAACAUGAAGAGUUGGAUUUUACAUUUCAGCAGGGCUUAGAAGCCAUCCGGAUUCUAUUACUUGAGGGAUUUAAUAAAAGCGCAACAUUUGUCAACAGUGCGAAAUCUAUGGAGCAAUACAGUUAAUAUUUGCUUCUCUAAACAUUAUUAUUUAAGUGAUUUGAAGGAAAAGGAAAUCAUGAUGGAUUGGAAGAGGAGACAGCAAAGAAAUUAGGCGAUUUACAGUUGAUAAUUUAUUUAUUUUUUCCAGAAAAUAAACACCAAAUUGAUGUUUUAUAUUUAAUGUUUUCCCCAAAUUAUGAAUACCUCAUUAUAACCUCUUCUUCGGAAA